CUGAGAGACUCCUGAUUGGCCGAAUGGUAGCCAUCAUAGUUCAUUUUCAUUGGUUGGAUGUCCAGUGUUGCCUGAUUUAUCUCAAACUAUGGGCUUUAUGGGGAGCUGUGGGAGCCUGGGUCAGUCCAGUUCCAGUUGAAUCCCGGCUGUCGACGGAUGCACAGGCUCCGUCACCUUGGAGGAAAGAAACCAUGAGCUGUUCCUGUGGCUGCUUCGUUGCCCUGUCGAUCCUGCUGUACCUGCUGCCUGUUUCCAGUGGCCUAUCCACGAGCCCGUUAUCGGGUGCAGAAAACCAGACGACGAGCUUGAUGUCCCCAGACAACGUCCGCAAUCGUCGUUCAGCCGUUGGCAUACUCGUCUUCAUUGGAAAACUAAGUGAUGCCGGCUACACCUGUCAGGCAAACAUUGCAAAAAAAAAUGAGGAGUGCAAGAAGUUGUACGAGGACUUGAGCACUAAAAGCUUGCAUAAGGAUUGCAAGAAAUUUCUCGGGGUGAUCUGGUGCUACUGCAAGCUUUUCGGCAAACAUUGCCUCGGGGAUCCUCAAACAUUGGCGAAAAUUCUGCAAGCAGCGAUAGCAGGAGUAAGCCUUGUGUCAAGAAGUCCCACAAGCCGUGUGUCAAGAAGUGCAGUCUCCCUAGGAGACUGCGAAACGCCGGUAUGCUCAGGAGGUGGCCUAACCGUCUCACCAUCUAUGGCUAUCCUUUGCGUGACAGCCUUCUUGACUAUUUCACGUCGGGCAACGCUCUUAACAAGCGUGUAAGAUGACGAAGGUCAGCGCUUUGAUGCCGUUUUGUUUUUAGAGUUGACACCAUAAGAACUCCAACGUUGUUAUCAAAUGACUGAUUGUAUGGAAGCUGAAUGGUUCAUUAAAGUUCCGGAAGAAAAUAUAACGCAUAACGCGGUAUGGAGCAUAUUUUGGUGGUGCCAAGGAGUAAAUUUCAUUUUUCUUCCUUUGUUUAAUUCAUGCAUUUUUGCAGUGUGACACUUGCUUCCGUUGUUAUUUGAUAAGAACUAUAGCGUUGUUACUUUUUUCGUUCGUUUCAGUAGGCAAUAAAAUGUUCAAUGCGGGA